AUGAGCGAUCAAGGCGUCGCCUCUGGGCCUUCUGUUUCACACUCGCCAAGCGCUCGAUCCGUACAAGACGCAGAUGGUGGCUCAGCAAAGAAGGACUUCCAACGCUCUUUCAAAGCAUGCGAUGGAUGCCGUACCAAAAAGGUCAAAUGCGAGCUAGGCGAUCUAGCAGCGCCGUCCGAGCCACCAUGUGCGCGAUGCAAGCGCGAGAUGCGUCCCUGUCUAUUUACGAUGUCAACACGAGGACGCGGACCUAAGACACGAUCAUCCCGGUCGCAAGCAUUUGGCGCCCAUCACUUGGCCAAGAGCCCUCGCACGUCGUCUGCUCAAGACCUUGACGUCGGUGACGAGCACAGCACUGCAUCCUCUGCAAUCGAUGCGCUUGCUGGUGCAGCGCUAGCCUCCCUGCCUGCCACCAACCCUAGACUUCACUCUGCUCGUCACGAUGUGCCCGUCUCAGCACUCGACCCCAUGGACGCUCCCAGUAUCGGCAUGAUCUACGGACUCAAUCGACACGAUGGUGCACGGCUACAAACCAAACGCAGGAAGCUAUCGAUUAAUGUCGCCUCAGCGGAACACGGCGACAGUAAGGCUGAGCAGCGCGAAGAUCGCGUCUCAGACGGACAAAACGACACAUCUACGCGGUCCGCAAGCCCAUCCGGUGCUGCUGCCGCCAACAACGAGCCUCUGGGUCUGAUCUCGAGGCUCGACUCAUUGCAGCAAUAUGCCGAGGUGGGUCUGCAGCACAGCAAAGAUGCAUUGAGGGUGCUCGCCGGUGUUGCGGUAAAUUCAAGGCAAGCGACAGACGAGGCCGAAGGAAGCAAUGAUGCAAGAGACGCACAAGGUGCUAGCAGCUCGAUAGCACUGAACGAAGGACCUUCGCGAGGUCGACGAGGCGUGCAGAUUCGUACCGAUCGUCGUUCUUCUGAGCAAGCGACGACAUCUGUUGGAGCAGACGCCAGUGGACACGCCUUCCAUGCGCCCACAGAACAUCGCGGUAGCCUCAGCUCAGCUCAAAAGUCAGCAGCAGCGCUUCUGGCUCGACCAGUAACACCGCCGCCACUGAAGAACAAUUAUGGAUGGAGCAAGUUCGAGCCCGUUCGACUAAAACUGAUAAAGAGAAGCGAGGCUCACUGCUUUCUCAAUUUCUUCAUCAAACAGAUGCAUGCUUUCGCACCGCACUGCUCGCCGCAUCUGCUGGACAAGUCUCCCGAAGCGCUUUCUGAGCUGGUUUACCGUGAACCUAUUCUUCUCGGCGCCAUGCUCUCGGUUGCUUCUCGCUACGACGUUGCCAACCACAAUGCACACGUGACCGCGGUCGAUACAUUCCAUCGAAAGAUCUCCAAGUGGACGCAGGAGAAGAUCAGCCGGUCGUUCUUCCUGCCAGCUUCACACACUAUCGGUACCAUCGAAGCUCUACUGAUCCUCAGCGAGUGGGCGACACUCGACUUGCACGACCGAAGAACUUCGCAGAACGAUGCCAGCUCCGACUCGGAGGAUUCAGAAGAGGACGAGGAAGACGGAGGAGAAAUCGAAACCGACUCAGAACGAGAGGAAGUGGAAGAUGCAUCAGCUAUGACUCCCGGCACUGCUGCUGCUACAGGAGAUGAUCUCAGAUCAGAGCAUGAAGGGCAGAUGCCACGACCCGGCGGAAGGAAGCAGACAAGGCGCAGAUCAACACAGAAACCACGGCAAGCAGACAUGCGAGAAUCAGAAAAGUUUGACGAUACCGCUUGGAUGUUGACAGGGACAGCACUUCGACUUGCGGAGCGACUGGAUCUGCACAACGAUGCAACCUACAGCGGAAUCUCGAGUCGCAAUGUAGCUUCGAGGAGGAAUGCCGAACGUCGCAUGCGUGUCUGGAUGUCGAGCGUCCACGCAGAUUGUCAUCUGUCAGUUCGACUUGGACGGAGGAUCUCGAGUCCUGGUCUCGCAGCACCUUUCAUGAAUCUGGUCAGAGACCGCACGCAUCCCUUCCUUCUGAAUGCGGAGAUGAGCAACACCAGCGAAGUCGGCUUUCCCUCUGGCUCCAAUCGUGCAUGGAUCGCCUUCCGUGCCCACACGGAGCUGCUUCAGAUCGUGCUUCGAACGUGCGAGAACUUGUAUCGCUCCAAGGCGGUCACCGAGCGCUUGCUGGAGGAUGAAGAUUUUGUGCCAGCACUCAAGUCGAUUCGAGACGAUUUGGACAACUGGGCCAACUGGACGCAACCACGAAUUGAGCCGACCAGAGACAUGACCUCGCUGAGGGUGCGUGUCGAGUAUCACUACGCCCGUCUUUACGCCAAUGGUAUCGCUCUGGACUCAGUCAAACGCAGUCUUCGAACUCUGCGCAAUCAUCGUCAAUAUCGGGCCUCGGAAGCAGCCGAGAUCGGAUCCAAGGGUCGACUUGGCAAAGCCGGCUCCACCACAGCAGCCUCUUCAGCAGCAGCAUCGUACACGGUCAGCUUCUCGACCCAUCCAGCCUACCCAUUCGUGCGAGAAGCGCUGGCGGCAGCACAAAGCUUGAUCCGGAUCCUGACGGUGGAGCUGGAGACGAUGAUGUGUGCUCCGGCACGGUGGUUCUUGUUGCUAGUGAUGGCUGCUGUAUUCUGUGUCAAGGCGACAGCGGUGUCGGAUGUGAUUCUGCCAUUGAAGAGAUGUGCACAGUCACUGCAGCAGGUGAUCACGGCGCUGGAAAGGGCUGCACCGGAUGGAGUGCAUCUGGCGAAUAGGUACUCAAUGUAUCUGAGGCAGUUGGCGAAGCAAUUGGUAUUGACAGAUGCAAAAACGAGGACCGCGACGGGUGGAGGAAAUCAGUCGAGGAACAAGUCGAGAUCGAGAGGAACACCGCAGACACCGCAGCACGAGACAGAUCUGGUGGGAGAUGCUACGCCAGCGGAGGGGCGAGCGAGCAACUCGCACGUCCAGAGUGGUAGUGGUGGCACUUCUUCUAUCGACGCUGUUGCUGCAUCGGCUAGCAAUGGGGCUGCGAUGGCCCAGAGCUCAUCUUCGCUCAACACGAUGUCGACAGCAUCCGGCUUAGCACUCGAGCACAGCGCCGACUCACUGCAGUCGAAUGCGCCGAUGUCGGCUCCCUCAUCGAUCAUGCGACAUGACCAAGUUCCAACACAUAACGAGUCAUUGGGCAACCCCAACAGCACAGAAUGGAAUUUAGCACCACUCUUGGCUUCGCAAACCAUGUCAGGCAGCAGCACAGGAUCGGGAUGGUGGAGCACAGCCGACAUCCUAACUGGAGAAGUGGAUCCGCAACUGUUCCUGAAAUGGCUCGACGAUCAGACGUCGACGCUGGCUCCGCCAAUUUCGCAUCAUCCAAUGUCUUGUUGGGCUAGCGGGGCUCAACGGCAAACAACACAACCUACACAUGUGGGUACGAUGGGCUCUCAAAACACUCAGCGGAUCAGCAACGUUUUGGAUGCACACCAUUCUCCCUCAAGCGUUGACAGUCCAGCAGCAGGGAUGCACUCGAACAUGACACAGAGUGCGGCUGAAAGCGGUCAACUGCACUGGCAACAACAGCAUAUCAUCUCAGGCGAUGCAUUGCAAGAUCAGGCCGGAAGAGCAAGGCCGUUGAAAGAUGGACAAGAAGAUUUGUUGACCAAGAUGUGGUUGGAUGAUGCAUUGACUGAUUUGGCUGCUGCUGGGUUGGACAUGCCUUUCUUGUAG